CUCUCCUUUCCCUCCUUCUUUCUCCUCCCUUUCUCCCUCCCCUCCCUCCCUGGGCCGCCUUUCCUCCUCCUCUCUCCGACCGAUAAUUCAUUCUCCCCACCGGAGCCAGCCAGUCUGGGUGUCGCGGGAGGAUUGGGAGUGAGGAGGAAGAGGAAGAGGAAGAGGUCCACUGUCUUUCUUGGGGAGAGAAGAUGAGGAACUUCAGAGAUAUGAAGUGAGUUGCCGACUGUCACACAGCUAGUCUUCUGCCUACAAGACUACCUAAAGAAAGUCUGGAUCAGAAGCUGAGCCUCCAACAGGCCUGUGAGUCAAGGAGACAGCCUGGGACCCUCCCCAUUUUACAGGUGAAGAAACCAAGACUCAGACUAAAUGAUCCCGCAGGUCCAGGGGCCACACAGCAAUUGAGAGGCCACGCCAGGACCAUAAUUGAGCGCGGUAACCAGCCACGACUUCAGACAUCAGGUGAUGAAACCAGCUUCCCACCUGUGACAGAGAGUUUGGACCAUGGGGAGUAGCAAAAGCAAACCCAAAGACCCCAGUCAACGACGCCGAAGCCUGGAACCCACCGAGAGUGUCCUCCACAGUGGCUUCCCUGCCUCUCAGACCCCCAGCAAGGUGUCUGUGCCUGAUGCCCACCGAACUCCCAACCCCCAGUUUGGCUCAGCACCUGAGUCAAAGCUUUUUGGGGGUCUCAACAUGUCAGACACAGUCACCUCCCCGCAGCGUUCGGGGCCUUUGGCAGGUGGGGUGACCACUUUUGUGGCCCUGUAUGACUAUGAAUCCCGCACUGAGACAGACCUGUCCUUCAAGAAAGGGGAACGGCUGCAGAUAGUCAACAACACGAGAAAAGUGGAUGUCAGCCAGACCUGGUUCACAUUCAGAUGGCUCCAAAGAGAGGGAGACUGGUGGCUGGCCCAUUCACUCACCACUGGGCAGACUGGCUACAUCCCCAGCAACUACGUAGCCCCAUCUGAUUCUAUCCAGGCUGAGGAGUGGUACUUUGGCAAGAUCACCCGUCGAGAGUCUGAGCGGCUGCUGCUUAAUUCGGAGAAUCCCCGAGGCACAUUUCUGGUCCGGGAAAGUGAGACCACCAAAGGUGCCUAUUGCCUUUCUGUCUCUGACUUCGACAAUGCCAAGGGCCUCAAUGUGAAACAUUACAAGAUCCGCAAGCUGGACAGCGGAGGCUUCUACAUCACCUCCCGCACACAGUUCAGCAGUCUGCAGCAGCUCGUGGCCUAUUACUCCAAACAUGCUGAUGGCUUGUGCCACAGACUCACCAACGUCUGCCCAACGUCCAAGCCACAGACCCAGGGCCUGGCUAAGGAUGCCUGGGAGAUCCCCCGGGAGUCCCUGCGGCUGGAAGUGAAACUGGGUCAGGGCUGCUUCGGAGAAGUGUGGAUGGGGACCUGGAAUGGCACCACCAGGGUGGCGAUAAAGACCCUGAAGCCUGGCACUAUGUCCCCAGAAGCCUUCUUGCAAGAAGCACAGGUCAUGAAGAAGCUUCGGCAUGAGAAGCUGGUACAGUUGUAUGCUGUAGUGUCUGAGGAGCCCAUCUACAUCGUCACAGAAUAUAUGAACAAGGGGAGUUUGCUGGACUUCCUUAAAGGUGACAUGGGCAAGUAUCUUCGGCUGCCCCAGCUGGUGGACAUGGCUGCUCAGAUUGCAUCUGGUAUGGCUUACGUGGAAAGGAUGAACUACGUCCACCGAGACCUCCGGGCUGCCAACAUCCUGGUGGGAGAGAAUCUGGUAUGCAAGGUGGCAGACUUCGGGCUGGCUCGGCUUAUUGAGGACAACGAGUACACCGCCAGACAAGGUGCCAAAUUUCCUAUCAAAUGGACAGCUCCAGAAGCUGCCCUAUAUGGCCGAUUUACCAUCAAAUCUGACGUGUGGUCCUUUGGAAUCCUGCUGACUGAGCUGACAACCAAGGGUCGAGUGCCCUACCCAGGGAUGGUGAACCGGGAGGUGCUGGACCAGGUUGAGCGGGGAUACCGGAUGCCCUGCCCACCAGAGUGCCCUGAAUCCCUGCAUGACCUCAUGUGCCAGUGCUGGCGAAAGGACCCCGAAGAACGACCCACCUUUGAAUACCUCCAAGCAUUCCUGGAGGACUACUUCACAUCCACAGAGCCCCAAUAUCAGCCUGGGGAGAACCUAUAGAGUUGGGCUGGGGCCCUGGUGCCAAAGACUCCCUCUUGUCCCUCAGGAUUGCCCUGAGGGCUUGCUGGGCCAGAGGCCUAUCCAGCUGAGACCAUGGUGCUGUAGCUAUGGUGGGCUCUUCCCAGAGCUUGGGCAAUGGGCCACUUCUUCCCCCCUUGCCUGGCCAAAGGGACUUGGUCACCCCCUCCCUGCCAACAGUUUGUUGAUGAUGAUUUUGUCCUUGAGGUGAGCAGCAGUGAGGUGGUGGCCCCAGAGCUGCCAGUUAUGGAGCUGAAAGGCUGAAUGUCUAAGCCUUAGGCCUACUCUGCCAUGGGCGUUCCAGCUCCUAGCCUCCCUCUGCUCAUUGGGAGGAUGGAGGGACCAGAUUCUUGGAGCAGCAGAUCUCAGCACUGAAGGUCAACGUGGGCACUGAAGACCCCUUUCCCUUCCUUAACUGUCCUUUGUCACUCACUCCCUCCUCCCCCAAAAAAACCAUGUUACCUUUCCUGGGCUAACUGCCUUGUCUGGUGUUACCAGCCAGUACAACAACAGGUUCUUAUGGAAAAAAAGAGCUUGGGGCGUUUCUUGGGUGGAUUAGGGAUGUUCAGAGCCGUUUCUGCUCACAGCUGAGCCACAUCUAGCUCAGCCCAAAGGGCCUGGAGCCUGCCCAGACAAGGGCAAGGCCCAUAUCUGGCUCAGUGUGAAUCAGGUUGCAGAUAUCAGUCUUCCAGUCCCUGUCUCCAGUCUAGUCUCCUUCCUUCAACAGUUAACACCACAGGACUUGUCCGUUAGAAAAUCACGAUGAAGAUAUCUUCUUAACAUUUUCUGGGACCUCAUGUUGAGGACUUUCCUCUUCUCCUUGAAACUGGUCGAACAUUUCUAAUGAAUGCUUUCUCUGAGAUCACUCCCAUUUAAUGUUUGGCUGUGGUCGGCUCAGUGUUUAGGCCUAGUACCUAUCAAACCCUUUCCCCCACCUCCUGUUGCUGAUUUAUUUAUUCCCAGCUUCUUGCUCCUGAGCUGUCCAAAGAUCCCCUUUUCCAAGGCGAAGAGCCACCUCUCACCCAGGGGUCCUCCAGGGCUGCAGGGCUCAUUCCUUUCCCUCACCCUUCACUCAUACACUCUUCCCUGUCAAUCCAUGGGGGUAAGAGGUCUUGCAGCCCCUAGCCACUGUGCUUGCAACCCCUUUGCGUUAGAGUUGACCUUUUAUCCCCAUGAGGGACUAAAUCUUACAGAGCUCUAAGGGCAUGUUGGAGGACCCAACCCAUCACAGCUUCACUCUUCACUUUCUCAUAGAUCAGCAGCAGGUCCUGAUCCUUUGGGGCUGCAGGCUUUACAAUGACUUCCUUCAAAUCUUCCUUCCCUUGUUCCAGACCAGUGCAGUGUCUCCAGGGCUCUACAUGGGAUGCCCACUGAGCACUGGGCUCCAUCAUUAAAGGCUGGUAUAGAAUCCUCACUUGAUCCCUCCCAUGCUUUCCACUCCUUCCCCCUCCUCAAGAAUGUUCUUCCUCCAGGGUGGGGCUUCUAGGGCUUCUAAUUUGGGGAGGAAGGAGGUGGAAUAGGGGAAGAACCAGAAAAGUCAGGACAGAGCUAGGGACUGGUCAGCAGCCGUUAGUGGUCUAAGUCCAUCACAGUUCUCUUCCUUUUCUGAACUCAGUCCCUGUUAUCCUUAAAGAUUUAUUAUUUGUUUUUCCAAUUCUGACCAGGUGACUUCAGGCUCUAAAGACAUCAACUAGUCUAAUGACCCCAUUUUACAGGGGAUGAAACAGGCCCAGCAGAGGGAAAAGAACUUUUCCCUCACAGUGAAUUAGCGAAUUAGUGGCAGGAGUGGGGACUUGAGAAUCCUGAAACAUGACAACAGCUGGAGAAUCUGACAGCUUAAAACCUGUUUCCAAAGCUGAGAACAUGAUGGUCUUUGUUCCGGGGAGAUGGGAACAGAAGCAGUGACCAAGAUGACCAGCAACACCCUCACCCCUUCCAAGGUGGUGCACCCCAGACCAUUCUUAGCACCAAAUGACCAAAUGUGCUGGUUGAGAGGGAAAACCCAAUAUGGCCACAGAGAAAUCGGGGGAGGGGGAGAGGGUUUGGUGUCUUUUUUUUUUUUUGGUGGUGGUGGGGGAGUUUCAUAGUCUCCAAGUUGGAAGUGACCUUAGAAGUUCUACAGUCCAACCCCCUGUCAGUAUCCCUGAUGGGAUUAUCCAGCCUCUGCUUGGAAACCAAUGACAGGAAACUUGCUCCCUUUAAAAUAAUUUAAAUGUGCCAAGAGAACUUGGACCUGCUCCUCCAACUCAUGAGGCAGGAGAAAAGUGGUGGGGCCUGGUAGAAGGAAUCUAAAAUCUGGUGACAGAAACAACUGUCAAAGAUAAGGAACCUGGCCCUAGAGUCUUUCCUGGGUCAGAACACUGCCUGACAGGGGCCUGGCAUUUCUUAUAGACCCUGAAGGCUCACAGCCAUUUUUGGCUAGGUCUUCCUCAUUCCUAUCCCUCCUUUACCCUCACCCCCACCCCUAACCUCCCAUCUUCAACCUUGUCUUUCAAGCACAGACCCUGACAAGGUUGUUAAUGCUGAUGGCAACAGGGAUGGAGGGAGCAGCAUUUCCUCAGAAACUUAACUUUGCAAAAGAGGUCCUCAAAAGGUCGGGAAGCCAAGGUUGGCGUGUGUGUGUGUAUGUGGGUGCAUGUGUGUAGCUGUGUGUCCAUAUUUAACAUGUAAAAAAUCCUUUGGGGAACAUUGUACAUUACCUUUUUCCUAUUCCACAUCCCCCAGUGAUAGGCCCAGUCUGUCAUCCCUCCCACCUCUCAGUAGUAUAGCAAUAAUGACCACAGGCACCCUGGGGUUCACUUGCCCAGUGCUGGGUCAGCCCAGUGCCUGGGGCUGCCACACCUGGGGCUAAUCUCUCCAAUCUCUGCACCAAUUAGCUGAGAAUGCAGGCUCAGGCCCAGGGAGCCCCAGGAAGAGGUGGCUGGGAUUCCUUGUGCCAACCAGGCCUUGCCUAUAAGGAAGGGCACUGGUGAUGGCCUCCCUAGAUGCCUCAGGCAGUUCUGAGGGUUUCACCACUUCCAUUCUUCAACCUCCCCUCCCUCACGCCCAGCCAAUAAAGAGGUAAUUUGUUACCUAAUGAAACUGUACCAUAAUGAUUGCUGUCACUGUCUGGAUGCUCUUUAGCAUUCCUGUCCUUCUGAAGAACUCAGUCCCUUGCUACAAGAGGUUCUGAAGCUGUCAUUUUUUAAAACAGUGUUUUGUAAAUUCCAGAUGACUAUGCAGAGGCCUUGGGGUCUCUCGCCCUCACCCUGGUUUGGCUAUGCGUAGCAUUCAGCCUUGGUGGGGGGCGGGGAGGGAGGAAUGUUUUGAGAAUUGCAAAAAGGUGGUUUGUAAAUACUUUGCAUUUUGUCUGAUUAAACACAAACAGACCUCA